AUUCGACACUCAUUCCUCUUUCGUCAUUUUCAAAAAAUUACCAAAGACAGUAGUAAAUUUGCAGAAGGCAAUUUUGAGUUGUCGAUUUUUUUGACGAUUUACGAGUUAUUUUCAAUUUCUGGUGAUACCUAUCGAAAAAGAUCAAUUUUUUGUGAAAUGUCACGUCUAUUAUUGUUGUUGAAUCACCUGAAAUAGUUCUGUAUUCCAGUACCUGGUACAAGAAAAACGAUUGUUCGAUCAAACAAAUAGGUAAUAAUUCAUCAAUAUUCUGUUUUUCGUCAUAUAUAACAUAAAGAAUGGUUGACGACAAAGUAGAGAUGAAUAAUGAUGGUGAAAGUUAUUCAAGUCUCAAUACAAGUGAUCCAAAAAACGUCCAGGAACUUACCCAGUAUGUGCAAAGCCUGUUACAAACCAUACAAGAUAAAUUCCAGAAUAUGUCUGACCAAAUUUUGACCAGAAUUGAUGAAAUGGGGAAUAGGAUAGAUGAUUUGGAGAAAAACAUUGGAGAUCUGAUGACACAAGCAGGAGUUGAAGGAACAGAUAAAUAAUACCAAGAUAAUACAUAAUGAUAAGAUCACAUUGGAAUUAAUUUAUUUUUCAUCAUGAGUACAAUAUUUUUGGUGAAGAGAAACCCUACAAUGCUGGCUGUAA